ACGGUCUCGCUUCAGUGUGGGCAUGCGACGCGCCUUGUGUGGUAGUUUGCACUUCGCCGUGAACUUUCCCAUGGCCUACGAGGAGUGUUCACAAUGGUUUGUUCAGGUCUUCAGAGGGUAGCCUUUGCACAUGCAUACCUGGUGAGGACGGUCAGCAGUUUCUCCAGAGGCCGUCAGUACCAGGCCUCGGGCAAGAGACCUGAUGCUUCAGAGCGUCAGCCCUGGGGAGCUGCAGAUGGCAUGGUGGAGCUGCUAGGCCGAGCCUACCCACAGGACAACCACAGCAAUCUCACCAGGAAGAUCCUCUCCAAGGUUGGCAGGAAUCUACACAACCAGCAGUAUCACCCACUGUGGUUGAUCAAAGAGAGGGUAAAGGAGCACUUCUACAGGCAGUAUGUGGGCCGCUCUGGGACCCCACUGUUCUCAGUAUACGAUGACCUUUCUCCAGUGGUCACAACCUGGCAGAACUUUGACAGCCUGCUCAUUGCGGCUGACCACCCCAGCAGAAACAAGGGGGAUAACUACUACCUGAACCAGACGCACAUGCUGCGGGCGCACACGUCGGCACACCAGUGGGACCUGAUGCAUUCGGGGCUGGAUGCCUUUCUCGUGGUGGGUGAUUUGUUUGCUGACAUAAAGGAUGGAGAAAGCCUACAGCUCUUUGAAGACAGUUCUCGCUGUGCCCAUAAACAAGAGACACAUACCAUGGAGGCCAUGAAGCUGGUAGAGUUUGACCUGAAACAAUCACUUACAAAACUUAUGACACAUCUUUUUGGAGAUGGGCUGGAGAUAAGAUGGGUAGACUGCUACUUUCCUUUUACUCAUCCGUCCUUCGAAAUGGAGAUCAACUUUCAUGGAGAAUGGCUGGAAGUUCUUGGCUGUGGCGUGAUGGAACAGCAACUGCUGAAUUCAGACAACAUUACUUUUAAAUUCCUGAAAGUCCUUCGCAGCAUUGCAUGGGACUGCAACUUGCCUCUGAUAUUCUUUAAAUACAAGGCCACUGGGUAA